AAAAUGUCUGAAGAAGAAGAAUCUACAGAUAAUUCUGGGAAACCCCCUAUAGAACAUCCGCAUGAUAGAGAGGUUAAAUCAGAAAAACAAUCAUCAAAUGUGCUUCCUGGAAUAUUGCGACGAGCUGAAUCCACGGAUGAUGCUCAUCAAGUCAGACGAUCAUCAAUGCGACCAUAUGAAUCUUUCGAUGGUUUAAAAAAUGAUGGAAUACUGAAAAGAAAGAGAAGCUUUUUUGUGAAAACAGUGAGCUUCAGCGCAACGGUGUCUGAGCUGAUGUUGCCCGCCGAGCCUACAUCUGGUGAACCGAAAAAUGACGGAGAGUACGUUGAGACAAUGUUUGACGCCACGGAAGAGAAGAAACAAGAAACGAUUGCGCCAAAACAGGAAGAAACUGUAAAGAAAUUAUCAAUGGCAGCAAGAGAGGAGAGAAUACGCGAAAGUAGACAACAAGGGCAACUGAAAGAAAAAAGGCUGAAAAAUCCAGAUUCAAAAGGUGAUACAAGUCACGAUAAGCCGACCAGAGAAACAUGGAAGCCGUUAGCCGUUGAAGACUUACCAAAGGAUGAAGAUCCGGAUGAAUUUGGAAUUCCAGAAGUCUACAAAUGUGGAAAUUGUUUAGUAGGGUUUGCUCCAGUGAAAAAGAAAAAGCUAAUGUUUGUGACACUCACGGAACGAUGUUUAGAACUUCACGAGUCGGAGAAAUCCUAUCGUGCGGGAAAAGCAGCAAAGCAUAUGGUAGAUCUCUCAAUGUCUUUUAAUGUGCACAGUGAGCAUUACGAUGCAAAACUAAAGAAAUGCCUAUGCUUGAUGGGUCCAGACGAAACAAUAUGCAUGAGACCGGAAGGAGGAAUUCUAACCAUUGAAGGUUGGCGACGAGCAAUUGUAAAACUAAUUCAUGAAUCAAGAAGAAGAAAAAUGGACCGCGUUCCGAGACCUGAAGAUAUUUUUGAUGCUGCAUAUGAUGUACGUGUUUGUCUAUUUCCAAAAAACUUGGAAAAAUACGUGGAAAGCUUGAAAACAGACGGGUUCACAAACAUAUGUACUGUUGCCAAAGAGCUUUUAGGAAAGAAAAGAUUAUGCCUUUAUCCAAAUACACUUGCCAUUGUUGAUCUCUGCAUUGAACCAACUGCCUAUGGUCUCCCACCUGCCGGGUUUCCCCCAUUCCGUGCAUCAAGCAUGUUCAUUUUGGAGCGAAAUACGGUUGCUUACUACGGUUUUCGUGAAAACUAUUUCUAUGUACGAAUUGGAAAGGGAAGCCCCUAUCGAGGGUUUGAGUUAUUGUUCCAAGUGGACACUAACGAAGUUUGUAAGGAAAUUUACUCACGUCUUAGAGCACUCGCUGAUCGUGAUCUUGAAAACCGGAAACAAGAAUCUAUACGGAGACCAGAAAGACCCCGUGUUUCUACUCUUCAAAGUGUGAAACCGGGCAAAGAAGAAACCGGACUACGUGAAGCACUUCUUGAAUCAUAUGGCCAUUUAAGAAAAAAGAAUUCAACACAAUCAGAGCGAGGAGAGAUAGUUGUUCCGGAGCAAGAACGGAAAAUGUCAGACAACAGGCCUCGGCUCAGAACUCAGGAUAUAAAAACUGUUACAAAGCCUGAACUGAAAUCAGAAGAACCUAUACGCCCGAGACUUCCACCGCUAAAAUUCAAUGCUAACAAACCGUCUGGAGAAUUUUUAUUAUCGCUCCAACGGGAGAAAGAGUUAAUGGAAGAGGCAAGAAAAAAUGGUUAUGAUGGAAGAACACACAAUCCUGAUGGGACUCCUCGAGAAAUCAAAAAAGAUUUCCUCGACACUGUUUGUCCACAAGCUGCAGCGCCAGAAGUUGUGAUCAAAGAGAAAAUCAUAAACAACGAUACUUAUACGCUGAUGGGUCCAGCCGACUGGGGAAAACUGGAAGAUAUUGUCAAAGAUGAUUACUCGGACAGUGGGGACAGUUGUUAUUCAUCAAGAAGAGGAACCGGUAGUCAACCGACCCGACCGGCCGCUUCUCACCUCGCAUGUCAAAUGCAAAACCGAACACAGUCAUUUGGAGCUAAACAACAAACAUUUCAAAACCGACUUCCGCCUACUGUAAAUCUGCCUGAUUCUGAAAGAAAAAUUUCGGCUGCCAACCAAGGAACGUCAAACCAACUCGACCUUCCACAAGAAGAUCCAAGAAAAAGAGCAUUCUCAUUGGGAAGUAAAAACUUUUUCAACCUGAUAGGAUUGAAUGACUUUCGUCGCCUUGUAAGCAAGCGUCAUCGAACAUCAUCUCCAAACCACACCUCUACUUCUGGUAUCUCGUUAAACUCAUCUAACGCAUCCCCGUCAGCAAGUAGUAAUUUUUUGGCUUCUUCUGAAUAUUUAGAACAUGCAAGAACUGAUAGUUUUGGGUCCGCAAGAAGUAGUCCAAAAAGUCUACACACCCAGCGAACCAGUUCACCGAAAAGAAGAUCGGACGAGGAUCUGAUCUCAAUUGACUUUUCAAGAUUAGGUAAAAAUUCUGCAUCAGAUACAAAACGAUUUCCUUUUGGUGGAGGAGGACCAGGAGGGUCCUUUGAUUAUGAUAGAGAAAAACGGGAAAAGGAAGAUAAUAAUAGACGAGACCGAGAAAAAGCAGCAAUGGAUUUGAAAAGAAAAGAAGAAUGGGAAGCGAGAGAAUUAGCGGAAAAGAAGAGGGAGUUGGAACGGAAAAUUCAAGCAAAGAAAGAUAGAAAAUUGGAGAAGGGAAGAGGGAAAGAUAGAGAAAAGGAUAAAGACCACGAUCAUGAUAAGGAGUUUCGUCCAAAAGCGGACAGUGGAAUUGCUGAUUGUACGCCCAGUUCAAGUUUUUCUGGGAAGAAAGAUCACAAAAAUGAUGGUUCUUCUGAUUCUGCAUACAUGGACAAAGAAGGGUUGAAGUACUUGGCAGAUAUCAAAAAACGGAAAAAAGAGCAAGGUGCCAUAGACACAACAAAUUCCUCCUCCUCCUCGUUAAGCACAAUAGUUUCGAUUGAAGAUAACAAAGUGACCAGAAGAAUCACGGAAACCGUUGAAACAAAAGUUGUGACUGCGGAUCUAGCGAAAGCACUUGGUGCAAUUGACCCGAAUAGAAGAUCUUCAGCAUGCAUUGAGAUAAAUCGAAAACCAUCGAUUUGUACAGCAAUAAUGGAAGAAAGAGAAGGAGAAGCAUCUGAGACCGAUUCUAGGGGAGAACCAUCCGACAGGAAGACGACCGCGGCCCCUGUAACUCGGAAACCUGCAUCGACUGGCAGCAGCAUGAGCCCGUUCAGAAGACUUAAAUUUCUCAGCUUCAGAAAAUAAUUGUUUUAAAGGCUAAAAGUGAAACAGUAGAUUUUGUCUAUAUACUUUAGUAAACGUUUUCCAAAUUCUAAUUUGUAACCUAGAAGUUUUUAAGCACCUACACAAAACCUCAAAAAAUUGACCCAUUUCAUCUCUUUUUCUACUUUCCAAUCUCAACCUUUCCUUCAUUACCUCUUUCUCUACUCAUUUCAUUUUUAGUUACAAUUUUUCCUAGUUUGCAUUCCAUCAACCACAUGUCGGAAGUUUUACUGUGUUUUAAUAUUUGUGUCCCGAGUACUUCUAUUUUUGAGAUCUAACAACAAAUUGCCGUUGAAAGUUCAAUUGUCACACAUUUCUUUUUCUGAGAAUUUAAUUCUCGCUUUUUGAUAUUUUUCAAUGAAAUGCGUUAUUGUGCGA